CCUGCAGCUAUUGGUGAAGCAGAUGAUGGCGUGCAGGCUAACCAGCCAGGGAAAAACAAAGCGUUUCUCUACCACGCAGCCGGUUCUGCUGUCAUACUGCUAGUCGCAGUGAUCCUGCGCACGCAGCAGGCUGUUCCAGGUUGUGCAGAAAAGCUAAAUGAUGGUCACUGGCUGGCAGAGAACCUGUGGCAGCCAAGGCUCUGCAACCUCCACCCUUUCACCAGGAGUGAGGUUGAGUCAUGUGUGGCAGAGUUCUCUCACGUGGUAGUUAUCGGAGCAGAUAAAUGGGCCUCAGCCGCCCGCCUCCUCUGUCCUACUACAACCAGGGACAGAAAGACAACCAGUCAACACAACUGUGAAACGCGAUACGUUGGUCAGUCAAACACGUGUGCAGAAGACGAGCAGGUGGUUGCGGAAUACAUCAAACUUGCGCAGAGUCCAGAAGAGAAGGGUCCAGUGCUGGUAAUCCACCAACCUCUAUUCCAUGUCUCUCCUCUUGCGAAAGACCAGUUGUCAGCUGAGGCUCUCUCCAAGUGUAAAGGUCAGCUGAUGGUGCAGGCAAAUGCCCAGUUGGAAAUGUUGGCAGGAAGACCAGGCUCUCUAGUCAUCCAGCUGGACUCCAACCCAAUCUGGGGCCCUGGGACCAAAGAAGGAGGAGUCGACGCCACACAGGUGUACAGAGACGUCUACAGCAGUGCCCAGCACAACACAAGUCGCCUACUCUACCUCACGUCUGCCUUUACAACUGGCUUCCCUCAUCAGACGAUCUCUGCCACCACUUCUGACACUCUCCCUCCCGAGCUGUCUCUCUUGUUGAACACUUUCUGUGCUCCUUCCUCCUCCUCCCCUCUCCUCUCCUCCUCCCUCUCCUCCCUCUCCUCCCUCUCCUCCCCCUCCUCCUCUCCUCCUCCUCAUCCUCUUUCUGCUGUGUCCAAACUUCUCACUACUUCACAGUCACCAUUCUUGUCUUCAUUCUCGCCUCAUAUGUGGGAGUUGGGCUAAUCUUGCUGUCAGGAGCUACCUUUGCUCUCAUGCCUCAUCUGGAGGCUGUCAAUUUCAACCUGGACAGAUUCAUCGCUGUUCUCCACAGCGUGGGAGGCGGUGCCUUCAUCUUUCUCUACAUCUUGAUGGUGGAUGGAAUGGGGUAUUUCCAGAGUGACGAGAGGACCUAUUCUCUGACGAUGUUUGUGGUGUGUUCAUGGGCAGUGGCUGCCAUGGCAGCUCUCACCUCUGACCAGACUGACUCUUCUGAGGUGCUGUCAGCUUACCAGUGCAAUGCAUGGAGAGGGGUUCUAGUACUGACAUACAUUAGUCUCCAAUACUGCGGUGUGGAUCAGGCGGUGGCUGGGCGGCUGUUUGGGGAGCUGUUGGUGGGAGGUCUGGUCUUCAUCUCUGGCUAUACCUACUUUUCUCACUACUGGAAACACUCUCAGUUCAACUGGAGGAGAAUCGGAUAUGUGUUGUUCCGAGUGAACCUUCUCCCAGUACUACUGAGUCUGACUCUGGGGGAUAUCAUAUGGGGUCUAUAUUCUGCCCAUACUCCUGUCACUUGGUUUCCUCUUCACGUCAGCCUUCAUGGCCUCCUGGCCUCAGAUGACUCCAGCUAGCCUUCAAGGUAUGAGUGGCCAGGGACCUCAGCAUGUGGUGGUGGCUGUCAAGUUUGGGUUUGCUUUUCUCUUCAUCUCCUUUCUACCCUGGAUAAAGGGUAUUUUGAAGGGACUAGCAUCGCUGCCACUGAUGGGAUGGGUGGUGGGGACAGGAGCUGAUGUCAGAACCCUCUACCACUGGAUAUACACUCAGAGAUAUAUGACACUGGGAGGGAUGGUGUUUGGCUAUGUGAUGUGCACCGUCCAGUCAAACUCAGUCUCGACCUCAAGUGACGGCCUCAGGAGACUUAGAAUUGUCAUCAUUCCUUUCUCUCUCCUCAUCAUGCUGGGCUAUGGGAUAUUUCUGCUUUCAGCCACAAACUUUGAGCAGAGCUCCGAGAGCCAGUCCCUCAUUGCACAGCCAGUGAUAAUAUCUUACGCUCUGCUGCGCUACUUCUCCAAACCUCUCCGAAGAUACGAAAGCCACUGGUUGGGAGGGGUGGGAUCGCUGUCCGUGUGGCUGUUUGUCUCCCACCAACACAUUCUCCUGGACCAGAGUGGCUCAAGACUCCUGACCCUAUUCCCCAGUGUCCCGUGGCCAGUCAACUCCGUCCUGGUUCUCUGCGUGUUCUUGUUCUGUCUGAGACUGAUGCAGUUUGGUCAGAAGACUCUCUCCGGGUCGAGUGGCGAGCGAAAUGCUGUAGCACAUCCCUCCACUGCUCAUUCAAAAACUCUACCACUUAGUAACCAGUAACAUAAUAUUAUAGCUAAUGCAUUGACAAUAUUAUUUUUCAUGGUCAAGAUCUUGUAUAAUAUAUUGAAAUUUUAUAUUACCUGUCUAUCAUAACAGUCGAAAAAGCUG